UUGGCCAGUGUCGGUUCGCUUGCUUAACCACCCUCAUCGUGAUUUCUGUGCUCCGUGCUGGCUCUUGGCGCAGGGAAAAUUUGGGAAGGAGAGAACCUCCAAAAUUCUCAACGUAUUCUCUCGCUCUCUCCCACCAACUCUCCGAAAGCGACUCAUUUCCUGUCUUCUCCUUUCAUGCUUCCCUCAGAUCUGCUCCAUACCAUCCACGAUUAAUUUCGCCCUCCCAUUCUUGGAUUAGCUCUUCAUGAAGACUCGCCGUUUGUGGUAACUGCGAGCAGCGCGGCGGGGCAAGAGCGGGGAAGGAGAGAGGAUUUCUUUUCCGUUGCAAGUAGGCUCUGCAUUUUCCCUCAGAUCUUCUCCAUACCAUCCACGAUUAAUUGCGCCCUCCCAUUCUUGGAUUAGCUCUUCAUGAAGACUCGCCGUUUGUGGUAACUGCGAGCAGCGCGGCAGGGCAAGAGCGGGGAAGGAGAGAGGAUUUCUUUCCCGUUCCAACAAAUUCAGAGGAAAAUGGUUGAAUCGGGUCCCUUAACUCCUGGCCAGGUUUCUUUUAUGCUGGGCUUUAUCCCUGUAUUUAUAGCAUGGCUUUAUUCGGAAACAUUGGAGUACAAGAAAUCUUUCUUUCCAUCAAAAAUCCAUUUUAAUGUCAAUCUGGUCGAGUUGGAGAAUGUUGUCGUUAAAGAAGAGGAUCAUGCCGUGUUACUUGAAGGAGGCCUUCCUAAGUGUGCACCUUCAACUUUUCAGAGUGCUUCUGUGCGUACAAAUUUAAUCAGGUUUGCAAGCAUGGAUGAAUCUUUCUUGCUUGAGAAUAGAGCUCUGUUUAGAGCCAUGUCAGAAUUUGGGAUCAUUUUGCUCUACUUUUACUUAUGUGAUCGGACUAACUUGUUUUCAGAAACCAAAAAGAGUUACAGCCGAGAUUUGUUUCUCUUUCUAUAUCUUCUUCUUGUCCUAGCAUCAGCCAUGACCUCUCUAAAGAAGCACAAUGACAAGUCAGCUUUCUCGGGAAAAUCCAUUCUUUACUUGAAUCGUCAUCAAACUGAGGAGUGGAAGGGAUGGAUGCAGGUCUUAUUUCUAAUGUACCACUACUUUGCUGCCACGGAAAUGUACAAUGCGAUCCGCAUCUUUAUAGCUGCUUAUGUCUGGAUGACUGGAUUUGGGAACUUCUCUUAUUAUUUUGUCAAAAAGGAUUUCAGCCUCGCUCGAUUUGCUCAGAUGAUGUGGAGACUGAACUUUUUUGUGAUCCUGUGUUGCAUUGUCCUCAACAAUGAUUACAUGCUGUAUUAUAUUUGUCCAAUGCACACUCUAUUCACCCUUAUGGUUUAUGUGACACUCGGUAUUUUCAACAAAUACAAUGAGAUUGGGUCGGUUAUUGCUGUGAAGAUCUUCUCUUGUUUUUUGGUUGUUAUCUUGAUAUGGGAAGUUCCUGGAGUUUUUGAAGUUCUGUGGACUCCCUUCACCUUCUUUUUAGGGUACAAAGAUCCAGAUCCUUCUAAGGCAAGCAUCCCUCUUUUGCAUGAAUGGCACUUCAGAUCUGGUCUUGAUCGCUAUAUCUGGAUCAUAGGAAUGAUUUAUGCCUACUACCAUCCAAAUGUUGAAAGAUGGAUGGAAAAACUUGAUGAAACCGAAACUAAAUUGAGAUUAUCAAUUAAAUCAAGCAUAGUUGUAGUUUGCUUGUUGGUUGGUGGUUUGUGGUAUGAAUAUAUCUACAGGCUAGACAAAAUUACUUACAAUAAAUACCAUCCUUACACUUCAUGGAUCCCCAUCACCGUUUAUAUUUGUCUAAGAAAUGUUUCACAGCUGCUUAGAAGUCACUCGUUGACCCUCUUUGCGUGGCUUGGCAAGGUCACAUUGGAGACAUAUAUCUCGCAGAUCCAUAUCUGGUUGAGGUCGGGCCGACCAAAUGGGCAGCCCAAGUGGCUGCUUUCUCUUAUUCCAAAUUAUCCACUGCUCAAUUUUAUGCUAACUACCAUAAUCUAUCUAUUUAUAUCUUUUAGAGUGUUUGAGCUUACAAAUACACUAAAGAGUGCAUUCUUACCCACCAAGGACAACAAGCGCCUUCUGCAAAAUUUUCUUGCUGGGGUUGCCAUCUCCAUUUGUUUGUAUUCUAUUUCAUUCAUUCUCCUGCAGAUACCAAUACCCGCGGCAUGACAUCAAGCUUUUCAUAAUUUAAUGAAGCUUUCAUUUUGGUAUGGUGCUGUGGAAAACCGAUGAUGAAUGAUUUGAUUGAAGAAUGGAAUAUUGGUGGCUUAAUGUGAGCUUCAAAUUUUGGAAUAUAUAUAUAUAUAAUUUUUGUGUUUCACAGUUCUGGUUGGUCUUCUUUCAUUCUGGACAACGGUCAGAUGCCCAUGAUUUCAAAUUGUAAAUGCAUGGUGAAGGUUGGUUAUUCCCUAUAAAACUGAAAGCAGUUGUUUUUAUGUUUAUUUAGUUUUAUAUAUUUGUUCAUUAUGUAAAGUUUGUAAGACUGCAGUAUAAUUUUUUUUCUAAUAUUAUGUCCUCUCCUUCUUUUGAAAUGAUUUUUGUCGUAGUGAAUGACAGUGGAUAAAUAUUGUGCGCA